AUGUCUGCCUGGGAUACCGACGCUGUCAAGAUCGGCAAGAACGUCAGCCGCGGUGGUGGCGGUCCCCGCGAGACUGUUGUCCGCGGCAAGUCUGCCCUUAACGCUGCUCAGCGCAGUGGUAAUAUCAUCGCCACUGAGAAGAAGUAUGGUGCCGGCAACACUGCUUCCAAGCCCGGUGUUGAGGGCCAGCGCCUAACAAUGGUUGACCGCUCCGACGACAUCGUCAAGCCCAAGACCGUCAGCAAGGACGUCGGUGCCGCCAUCCAGAAGGCUCGCAGCGCCAUCAUGAUCGGCGACAAGGCCAUGACCCAGAAGGAGCUUGCCACCCGCUGCAACUCUACCCAGGCCAUCAUCGCCCAGUACGAGCGCGGUGAGGGUGUCCCCGACCAGAAGCUCCUCGGAAACCUCGAGCGCGUCCUCAACGUCAAGCUUCGCGGUUCCGAUAUCGGCAAGCCCAAGUUCGAGAAGAAGGAGAAGAAGUGA